UAGGCGGCAGGGCGCACGUUAUUUUAUUAGUACGUCUGUCGUUGUUUAGUAAUUACAAUGUAGAAGGGCCAAGUUGAAUCCCGUCAUUUUAAGUAAUCUCCCGUAGCGUAGCCCGUAGCCUGUAGCGUAGCCUGUAAGUCAGACAGAGCCUAUGGCAGGUAAGUGACCUGCGUUCAUCUCUUCCUCUGCCCCUUGUCUCAGAACACGGUUACAAGUGAAAUACAAGUCCCGAGACGCGAAUCGCCGUCUUGGAAGGGAAAAUUGAGGAUAAGAAGGGAUGUCGGUCCAUCGUUGGAACUUACCAAGUAAUUUUUCGUAUUUCAUUUCCCUCGGGGCAAUUGCGUAUCGCCUGGUCAUAUUGCUUAGUCACCGGAGUCCUACUCCGGUGUCCGCAGGACCGCCAUUUCCUCCUCUUGUCCACUUUUCCUUUUUGUCUUCUUCUUUUCUUUCUUUUUUUCCCCGAGAAGACCCUGCAACUCUGGACUCCCUUUUAGUAUGCAUGUUGCAUGUCUUGUCCCUGCGACUAAUGCAAGGCAUCCAUCCUGCAUUGCAUCUUCUCUACACACCCCCUUCGUCCUCCAGCAGAGCCCAAAGAAGCAGACCAAGAAGCAGACCAAGAAAUUCUGCGACUAAUCCGCCACUCAAAGCCAUCCGAGCAUUAUGUACAGAAUUCCAAGGACCCUGGGCUCCCAGCCAGACCACCCAAACGCAUGCCGCCCCCUUUACUUCUUACUCCAAGUGCCGGGGAUCGAGGAGACCCGGAUGCUGCCAAGGGAAAACACACUCUCUCGGCCGUCAUAAUCUCAAUUCCGUCCUCGAAAUCCAAGCCGAAGGCAAGUGUGGAUAAUAUUUGGUCUAUCCUGAAGCACCGCCAUGUGUCCACGUCCGCCAGUUCCACCACAUUCGCCAUGUCCACACAAAUCCCAGUUACCAUGCAUAGCACGCUGUCGUUCAGGUACCUAUUGCAGCGACGUCGAUCGCGUCCAUCCAUGCAACUUAAUCAAACCCCUUCCGGGCUAUCUAGCUGGCAGCCAACACCGACAUAUCUUCAGAGAAGUAAGUAUAUAUAUAACAGGACAAGCAUCAAGAAAC